UGACGCGCACUCACUGCCGCACUGUACAGUCACAUGACCUGCAUUAUGGUGCUCGUUCGCUGUCAAACUUUAAUCCGUUUUUUCUUUUAGACUAGAAAAGCGAUGGACAGAGCGGAAUUUUUGACGUCUUCUGAUUUCCAGUGAUAUGUCAGUUGCGUCUAUGUAUCUGUUAUUUUGUAGCUAAACCCCUGCGUCAUGUCUGUGGAUGGCCCCCGGACCUCUGUUUUCACCUUUCAGUCCGCUGUUCACAGCCAUCAUGUUCUUCGCUCGCUGGAGGAACUGAGACAGAAGGAGCUCUUGUGUGAUGUGACUGUUGAAGUGGAGCGCAGGAGCUUUCGAGCACACUCUUCUGUGCUGGCUUCUUCCAGCCACUAUUUUUACACCAGGCUUACAAACCACAGCCGACCAAACCUCACUGUCAUCUUACCGGAUGAGGUCACUGUGGAGGGAUUUGAGCCUCUUCUGAGGUUUGCCUACACUGCAAAACUUCACUUCACGAAAGAAAACAUCCUGGAGAUCCACAGAUGCGCCGAAUUUCUUGGAUUUCAAAACCUCGAUAAAGCUUGCUUCGAAUUCCUCGUCCCAAAGUUUUCUGAUGGUGGUGGAACCUCAAAAAAGGUGAAGGAGAAAAGCAAGAGCCAAGAAUCCAGUAAGAAAUCCCAAGCGAUCUGCAGUCCUAGUGACCAAAACCCUAAAACUGGAGAAGAUGCUCAGGAUGCAGGAACAGUCAUGCAGGCUGCAUCUGCAACAUCCUCUGCAGAAAGUCCUAAAGAUUGUCCACCGAUCUCCAAUGGCAAAGAAAUGCAGUUAGAUUUAUCCUCGCUCUACACAAGAAGCUCUUCAUACCACAUGGGUGAUGGCCAAGACCAGUUUUGCCUGCAGAACUGUGGCCCACAGUUGCCUUCCUCUUCUGUGGUGGCCGGUGAAGUGUGUCCUUUCCUGUCCACUUCGAGCACCAGUGAUGAGAAACUGCAUUCGGCUGUAGCUGGCUGUGGUGGGGACAUUUUAGCAAUGGAGGAACAAUUCCAGAAGGAACUCGCAAUGGAGGUACGUUGUGAACCACCUAUUGAUAAAGACCUGAACAUAGCCAGUAUCACCGAUGGCCACUUUGACCAACUUGAAGGGUCUCUAAUGCCGCCCACCAACUGCAGCCAACUAUGUCCUCUGAAUUCUGUGGAGUCAAGCGGGGUUUUGGACGGGAUUUCCAGCGCUCCAGACAUCAGUAGCAUUGGCACCGACGACAACCAGGUCUUUGAUUCCAACAAACAAACGUUCUCUGAACUGUCCCCCAAAGAUGGCUUCAACGAACGAAGCAUAGUGGAAAGGGAAGUGGCUGAGCAUCUGGCAAAGGGCUUUUGGCCGGAUUUGAGCUCCACGUUAAAUGAGCCACUACCUUUGGACUCUAUCGACCAGUCGUCUGCUGGAAACGGCUCGGACUUCCACUGGUUGAAGCAUCUAGAUCUGGGAGCUGCACCCGAUGAUUGUCCCUUCCUGAGGGACCUGAGCUCCACUGACAGACAGACCUCUGGGGGACACACUCUGUCCAAUGAAGACACUGGAGACAGUUCCUGCAUGUCCCCAAUUAACUCCAGGGAAAACUCUGAGUGUGAAUCGGAUGGAGACUGUGCGCAGUGUGGUGGUAGCAGUGAACCGGUUCAGGAGGUGGAUUUGCCAUUCCCUGUGGAGCAAAUUUCCAGCAUGACCAGGAGGGCAUUCCUGCAGAUGUUGAAACGCGAGAAACUUACCCCGGAACAGCUGGAGUUUGUUCAGGAUGUGAGACGGCGCAGUAAGAACCGCGUGGCUGCACAGCGCUGCCGCAAGAGGAAGCUAGACUGUAUCUACUGGCUGGAGGGAGACAUCAAGAAACUGAGGAGCGAGAAGGAGAAAUUACUGCAAGAUCGCAACCAACUGAAGCUCAGCUUGGAGGAUAUGCGUCAGAACCUCUCGGGCCUGUGCCAGAACCUCUGUACGGACACCUCGCCGCAGUCCGAGCAGCUGCAAGCGCUGGCCAGGUACGUCUCCUCCGACUGUCCCACCUCUAUCCUCCUGACCCCCAUGGCUUCUCCUAGCCUGGCUGGCCCAGACCGGGACGUCCCCGCGAACACCUUUCUUCCAGACAUUAGUCCUGAAGGAGACACAGUAGCACUCAGGUCGCCCGCUGCCUUCCUGCAAGACACCGCUCAGAGCGCUGUUACAGAUCCAGCUCCGUGAUGUACAACAGAAUAAAAGCCGCUUGGAAUGGUCUGAUAAUUCAGUUUUACUCAGGAGCUUACCUUUCUGCUGCCGUCAGUUACACUUUUGAGCAUGACUUUCUUAUAGGAGCACUUUCGUAAUGUUUCUAAGUAUGGAUGUGACUAAAUUUGCACUAUUGCACCAGGAGUUUCAUAUGGAAAUGCUACUAUGCCUUUCAUUCCUUGCAUAAGGGUCAUUCCUGUUACGCCACACAUUUUGAACUCUUAAACUUUAAAAACAAAUACACCCUUGUGUUGUGAUUCAAAGUAUUUCAGAAAUAGGCUUUUGUUGAAGAUGUAAGAUGACUUACAGAAUAGUUGACUUGAAAUACAUGGUUUGUUUUAUUAUGGAUUGAUAGUAACUCAAAUAUCGAUUUUUGAUAUUUUGAUUCAGUCAUACCAUUUUCUUUUUGUCCAACGGGAUGGAAAAAUAAGACAAACAGCUAAAGCACAAUGCAUCAAUUAAUUUAUCGAAUGAACUGCUAAUACUUCCUGGUGUUUAUGCUGUUGUUUUCCCACCCAGAAUGAUGUCACUUCCUGGACAAUAAUGUCAUUAAGGAACAGGCUUCUUUUGUUUUGUUAAAGGGAUUUUUCAAAAGACUAACAGGGUGGAAAGUGAUAUUAAGGACACAGGAAAUAUCUAAGAUUAACACUUAAAACAACAUUCCCAAAUUUUGUGUUUUGAUUAAAGAAAGAAAAACGUCUGGAAAAUCUCUCUUUUUAUCCAAAUAUAACUUAUGUACAGUAUUUGUAUAUAUAAUGGAGAAUUGAAAAUGUACUACAUAACAGGAAUGACUCAUUUCCAGUGCUAGCAUUAACUUCACUUACACUGCCACUAUAGACAAUCAUAGUAAUUAUCUUUAUGUUAAUGGUUUAUGAUUUUGUUAUGCAAUGUAGAGCAUAAAAGUACAUUCCAGUUUAGCCUAAUACGUCUUUAUCAUUAUCGGCAUGAGAAUUCUAUAUUAAAUAUGCAUCUGUGUUUUUUUUUUAAGUAUCCGUAUGUGCAUAUGUCAUAGAUAUAAUAACAUUUUAAAUAACUGCCAUGUACGUUUUCAUGCAUAUCAUGUAGGAUUUGUGAAAAAUACAUAGAUUCCAUAGUCACUCUUAGGUAAAGUUUAGAUACUGUUCACUUUUUGCCUGCUAAAGUGGACUGAGUUUGGAAAAGGCAGAUAUAAUUAAUCCUAAAAAAAAAAAAAGUCAUAAUUAAUCCUAUUUACUUUAAUACAUGUUUAUGGUCUUAUUGUGCAUGAUGAUUCUUCAUUCCACAUUACUUCAAUGAAAAGUUUGUAAUGUAAUAUUUCAUUGACAUUAUUAAUAAUAAUAUAACAAUACAUCACCCUUUUCAGCUGAUGUCAGCCUAUUGGCUGUUGGAUCACAAAUAGAGAUUCAGGCAUUAUUUUAACUCUCGUUGUGGUACAGAAUGCUCACUUUUCAUGUACGGAGGAUAAAAUUAAUUUCUGACCUUACUUUCUGUUUAACUGUACUUCACAUUAUGGAUGUAAAAUGGAUGUGAAUGCCGUUUCAUGUUGACUUUAAUGCUUGGAUUAGUCUAAAAAAUGUAACUUGUUCAUUUUGUCAUUGUAGCGUUCUGUUUUUUGUGCUUUUUUGUUUUGUUUUAACCCUGUAACCAACAUACUGUCAUGUAAGCCUAGAAUGCACUGUAUAAUUCACUAUUUGAUUCAUAUUUAACAAAUAGCAGCAAAUAAAAUGUCAAUACUAAUAUUUUUCA